AAAACUGAAUAAAAACGUGAACCGGUUUAUAUAUUAUAAAAUGAAUCAGCUGCAUUAGUCAUCGGAACUUGCAGUUCUCAGCAUUUCCGCGAGCAUGAAGGUUCUGUUCGUAUGCAUUGGAAACACCUGUCGUUCUCCAAUGGCCGAGGCCAUACUGAAGCAUUUAGUACUAAAACGAAAUCUUCAGGAUUGGUAUGUGGACAGCGCUGGCCUCAGAGAUUGGAAUGUGGACGAGGAGCCCCAAGCCCGUGGCCAACAACUGCUUAAACAACAUGGUCUUAAAACGAACCACUUGGGUCGCAUGAUAGUUCCCCAAGACUUUUACGACUUCGAUUACAUAUUCGCCAUGGACAACAGCAACCUGAUUGAGCUUCAGCAAAUGGCAACUGCACUUCAUCCCAGUCCAAAGUGCAAGAUUGAACUUCUCGGUAGCUAUAUUGGACGCAAGGAGGAUGAGAUCAUCCAGGACCCAUAUUUUAGUCAAGGAAUGGGAGGAUUUAAUACUGCAUAUCUGCAAAUUCGGGAAAGCUGCGAACGUUUUGUAGAAAAUUAUUUAGCAGAUGGAAAAUAAGAUUUAAAGAAAUACUCUAAAAAGAAAUUUAAAAAAAUUUUGUUUAUUGAAUUUUGUUCAUUUAAUUUUGUUCAAAUUAAAUCCGCAAAUAUUUAUUGAGUGGCUCAGCAGUGCAAUUUUUAAAUAAAUCUUUUCACUUUAA